AUGAGCUCAUUUGGGGCGCAGAUUUCAGCAAAUCGCAUUGCAGGGGCUGAACUUUCAGUCUGCCAGAGGGAUAGUAUUAUUUCCAAACAUGAAGCAGGCGCUUCAAGCCAAGAGUUGGCAGCAGAGUUCAGGUGUUCCAAGCGUACAAUCAACAGGACCAUCAAGCGAUUUCAGUCCACAGGAUCAAAUCAGUCCCGACCAAGACCUGGCCAGCCACCUAAGCUAUCCUGUCGAGAAAAGCGCUAUCUUUUUUGCUUGGCUAGACAGCAGCCUAAAAUUGAAUACAGGCAGAUG